AUGCGCUCUUUACCCAACAUCCUCGUCACCGGCACUCCAGGCGUAGGCAAGACAACGACCUGCACCCAACUCGUCAGUCUCGCGUCGCAGUCCAGCCCGCCGCUCGACCUCAAACACGUGUCCAUCAACGACAUCGUCAAGGAGCGAUCAUGCCACACGGGCUACGAUGAGGAACUACAGACGUUGAUCGUGGACGACGACAAACUCAUGGACGAAGUGGAGAAAGAGAUUGCCGACGGCGACGGCGCCGGCGGGUUCAUCAUCGACUGGCAUUCCACGGCGGGGUUCGCGGUGCGGUGGGUGGAUCUCGUCGUGGUGCUGCGGUGCGACGAGACCAGCGUGCUCUACGACAGACUCGCGUCGAGGGGCUACCGGGACGAAAAAGUCCAGGAGAACAUGGACGCCGAGAUCUUUGGGGUUGUCAGCGAAGAGGCCAAGGAGGGUUGGGGAGAAGUCGAAGAUGGGCGCGUGGUUGAGUUGAAGAGUGUCCAGGCUGAAGAUAUUGAAGAGAAUGCCGAGCGAAUUCUGCUGUGGGUUAAGAACUGGGUUAAAGACCACGGAUCGAAGACGAAUGGAGAGUGA